AUGCCUCGCUAUGCUAAGUUCCUUAAGGAAUUGUUGACUAAUAAGAGGAAGGUAGAAGAGGUAGCCGCCGAUACUUUAAAUGAGGAAUGCUUUGCCAUUAUCUCUAAUAGAAUCCCCAAGAAAGAGAAGGACCCAGAGGUUUACCAUCCCGUGUAUUAUUGGGGGAUGCUUGUUGAAAAAGCACUUGCUGAUCCUGGGGAAAGUAUCAAUUUGAUUCCUUAUAAAAUUUUUCAAAACAUGGGGCUUGAUUUGGAUGACAGGGCUGUGGUUCCUUUGAUACUUGGGCGACCAUUUUUGGCCACUUCACAAGAUUUCAUUGAUGUCAAGGAUGGUCAAAUGGACCCGUGGGUGGAGGAUGACUUGUCUAAUUUACUGGAUGAUAAAGGAUCGCCUAAUGGAUUAGUGGAGAAGCUCCACCCCCAAUAUAACAUUGAAGAGAAUGAGAGGGAAAUGAAGUUUCUUGAUUGA